UUUCAUUUUCGUCAAAAACAAAUGUAUAUCGAAGACGCCUUUGAGUUGAUGGAUUGCACAUGCGCAGUUCGGUGCGAGACAACCGUUAGACCCGGACUCGUUUCUUCGCAUGAGUUUAGUAGCUAGCCAACGUCGCCAUGAAAUCGUCGUCAAAUGUGAUCAGGAAUUUUUAUUUGAGAAUCCGUUUUUGCCCACUUUACUAGCUGCCUAUCUUGGUACUGCUCGUAAAGCGGGCAUGUGCAUUUAUUCUUCCAGCCCUACAGGUGGCAAUGUGCGACGGAGGUCUACAAUCUCAGCUAUGUAAUGAAAUCCGGCUUCGCAUUUUCCAGGUUUCCACUGAAGGGGAUUCUUUAUUGAAGUGAACACAUAGGCAAUUGAUAAGUUGUGAAGGCACCGGGAAAGGAAACAGCCAGCCCGAAAGAAAUUAGCUUUACAUUAAGGAUUUCCUCAGUUAAUUUGCGUAAACGCUUCAUUGUAGCUAAAGUGGUUGAGUUGUUCGGCGUGUUCGCAACGCCAGGUGUUAGACCAGAAUAAGUGUUGGUGGGUGGAAAAUGCCAUCUUUUUUAUGGAGGCUUUGGCCUGGCCUGGUGCUGAUCCUCCUCCCGUCUACGCUGGCGGCUGACAAAGAGUCUUCGUUACUACAGGACUGGCACGACGUGUGGUUGUUCCGGUUCUUCCUCAACGUGCUGGGCUACGCCACCAUCAUCAUACCUGGCUACUUUCUCAUCGGCUACUUCAAGAGGAUCAACUACCUCGAAACAGGUCGUGGCAUUUGCUAUCCUGUCAUAAAGGCCUGUGUGUUUGGUAGUGAAUCGAAGACUGGUCUCCUGGACGACGUGUCCAUAGCUCCGAGAAAUGACGCUGACUCGGGCUCGUCGGCCAGACAAGCCUUCAAGUUAGUCUUCUGCGCUGCGGGACUUCAGACAUCCUACCUGACAUGGGGUGUCCUACAGGAGAGGGUGAUGACACGCUCGUACGGAGCCUCCACCCCCGAGGAGGAGGGUGAGCGCUUCAAGGACUCCCAGUUCCUGGUGUUCAUGAACCGCAUCCUGGCGCUGACUGUGUCUGGCCUGUGGUGUCUCCUAUUCAAGCAGCCUCGCCACGGUGCGCCCAUGUAUAAAUACUCGUUUGCCUCGCUCUCCAACGUCCUCAGCAGCUGGUGCCAGUACGAGGCCCUCAAGUACAUCAGCUUCCCCACCCAGGUGCUAGCUAAAGCCUCUAAAGUGAUCCCCGUCAUGCUAAUGGGUAAGAUUGUGUCGCACAAGAGCUACGAGUACUGGGAGUACCUGACGGCGGCUCUGAUCUCUCUGGGCGUCAGCAUGUUCUUGUUGACGAGCACGACCGGUAAGCACCCGUCUACGGUAACAACGUUCAGCGGCGUGGUCAUCUUGGUCGGCUACAUCGUCUUCGACAGCUUCACGUCCAACUGGCAGGACAACCUGUUCAAGUGCAAGAUGUCGUCGGUACAGAUGAUGUUCGGCGUCAACCUCUUCUCCUGCCUCUUCACCGUGGGCUCUCUGCUGGAGCAGGGCGCCUUCUUCGACUCGCUGGCCUUCAUGACGCGACAUUCGGAGUUUGCAUUCCAUGCCGUGCUGUUGUCGGUGUGCUCAGCAUGCGGCCAGCUCUUCAUCUUCUACACCAUCGCACAGUUCGGCGCCGCCAUCUUCACCAUCAUCAUGACCCUUCGACAGGCCAUCGCCAUCCUGCUCUCCUGUUUCCUGUAUGGCCACGCCGUCACAAUGGUGGGGGGCUUCGGCAUGGCCGUGGUCUUCCUCGCCCUCUUCCUGCGCGUCUACGCCCGCAUCCGCAUGAAGGCAGGACGCAGGGCGCCGCAGCCACAGGUGCAGAAGGUCUAGAAGGAGGAGUCUGAGGAGGGAACUGGAAAAACAAAAACUAAAGCCACGUUUUCGUUGGGGGUUUUUUCUGUCUCUGUGUGUCUCUUUUGACUUUUUGUGUUCAUUUAUUGGGUUUCUACUUUGCAUAGGAAAGGUACAGAAAGGGAUUCUAAUGCCUUUUUCAAGGUGUUUGACUUGACACGCACCGAGCCGUCGUCACACAGGUCAAUUAGUCUCAAAAACCCAACCCUAGGCAACACAGUGACUAGGGUCUGAUUUCAAUGAUGGACUCUUGUCAUAGAGGAAUUAUGUCACUGCCUAAGUCACUACUUUAUCUGCUUGAAUAAAAUGCCAAAUUAUCACAGAGGUUAUUUUUAAUGAGUGAAUUAUGCAAGUGGAUAGUUUGCAUCAACUACCUUAACUAAAACCACUGCAAAGUUAUUGCCUGCAAAAUCACGAUGUUCUGUCAUAUCUGCCUCUUGAUUUGUUGGGAGAGUCCCCAGAAUGUAUAUGACGUAGUGACGUAGUUUCUCUAUGCCAAAAGAGUCGGUCAUUAAAUUCAGACCUUAGUCACUGUGUUGCCUAGGGUCAGGUUUCAAGGGUACAGGUCAAUGGGAGUGAUUCGGCUGGACCAGUCAGCAGUCAUGCCCGUUUAAGUGUCUAUGACCCCAAAAUUACACAGCAAUCGUCGCUUGUACGUUUUGUCUGUCAAACCCAGUUCAAACGCAUGCAACAUUGGCAUGUCAAAUGUAAACAACUAAUAAAAUGGCUAUUGAUUUCA